AGGCUCGAGGCACGUCUGUGACAUCAUUUCUGCGCGACCCUUCUUUUUUGGCCAGAGUUUUCCUGCUGCUCUUCAGAACUAUGCCUAAAGUAGUGUCCCGGUCGGUAGUCUGCUCCGACACCCGGGAUCGGGAGGAGUAUGACGACGGCGAGAAGCCCCUCCACGUCUACUACUGUUUGUGUGGCCAGAUGGUCCUGGUGCUGGACUGUCAGUUAGAGAAACUGCCCAUGAGGCCCCGGGAUCGGUCCCGGGUGAUCGAUGCUGCCAAACACGCCCACAAAUUUUGUAACACAGAAGACGAGGAGACUAUGUAUCUUCGGAGGGACACCAGUCAUAUUGGAUUAAGGGCACAUCCUACCCAUCUGCAUGACCUCAUCGUAACUAAUUAUAUCUGCAAGGACCCUCUUUCCAAGCCUGAAGGCAUUGAACGACAAUACCGGAAGAAGUGUGCCAAGUGUGGACUGCCACUCUUCUAUCAGUCCCAGCCGAAGAACGCUCCUGUGACCUUCAUCGUGGAUGGAGCAGUGGUCAAGUUUGGCCAGGGUUUUGGCAAAACAAAUAUCUAUACCCAGAAACAGGAGCCUCCUAAGAAGGUGAUGAUGACCAAACGGACGAAAGACAUGGGCAAGUUCAGCUCUGUCACGGUGUCUACGAUUGACGAAGAGGAAGAGGAGAUCGAGGCUAGAGAAGUCGCUGACUCGUACGCGCAGAAUGCCAAGGUCAUUGAAAAGCAGCUGGAGCGCAAAGGCAUGAGCAAAAGGCGGCUGCAGGAGCUGACUGGCAGGUAUCAGCUCUGGUUUGAAUCUCUCUGCUGUCGGAAGAAAAUCCAUAAAAAGCCAGAAUGUACGUAGAGCUUCCUUUACUUGAUGUUCAGAGAAACUUGCCCAGUCACAGACUCCAGAAACAGCACAGCCUUGCUUCCUGUACUUCAAAUAUUAAAGCUCUGGGUGAGUUCUUCCUUCUCAGACUUUGUACUUACAAAGGAACAGCCAGAUUAGAGUGGGCGGGGGCAGGGCAGCUCGGCUCCAAAUGGAAAUGGGGUCUCGGUAAGCAGCCUCAGCUAAUAACUGCCAUCCCUUCACGCAGCUGACAAGAGUAUGGGAGGGAGACGUGGAGGAAGAAACGAUACUGAGACAAAGGGGCCUGUCGGCCAUCGGGUAUUUCACAUUCGCUAACCGUAGAGGAGUGUUGUAUAGUUAGACACUUAAUGCCCCGCUCUUUCGGUGAUGUCAGUACGUAGUGUUGUGUACGUGGUUUUUAUCUGUUCCCCGGUAUGACGAGCUGUCGGGGCAGGAAGGGCACUUUAACCUCGUUGCGUCGUCUGCCGUGGGUUCAGUCGCCCCAGACGUGUGUGUGAGGUGCUGUCGGGAAAUAAUAGGGCACUUUUCUCUGCCUCUUUUUUCCCCAGCUUCCUUAUUUGGAAGGAGAAGUAGGUUGGAGUAGGGGUGGACGGGAGUUAGCAAGAAGUGGGAGAAGGGGGGGUGGGUGGCGGUCCGGGGACAGCCCCGUGCGGGGCCGUGUUUCCAUCUUCCCAGUUAGCCUCCUGCACCCAGCGGGCUCUUUGCAUCUGAGGCGUCCCUCCCCACCUCAUUUCCUGUCCUCACCCUGAGAGGUGCUUAGACACCAUGCGGGUGGUCGGCUGUAACCUCCGCACAGUUCCUUGACUUCGCCUCCAAACGGUGACCUUUACCUUCACGCUAGCCACGAACCGCCAUGACCACAGCCCGGCGGGCCUGUCCCGCCACCUCUGAAAGCCAAGAUUCUAGAGAUCCAGAGCUCUGUUCUGGGACCACAGCCUCCACUUCCUCUCGCUUCCACUAGCCCUGUUCUGUUUGGUUUUUGAUUUGAAGGGUGGUUACUUCCUCAUUUUACAAAUGAGUAUCUCAGGCUCUGGGAGUUGUAAGUUUCCCGAGAUCGCAUAGCCAUCAAGUGAUAAAGCCAGAAAUCUGACUGCAGAACUAGGCUGAACUGCCUCUCCUGGGGGACUUUUAAGAAAUAUAUUGUUGACAACAGAUAGCAGUUUCAUUUUGAGAAACCAAGUAAAAUGCGUUGUGAAGACACUUACGUGGGGGGCUCCCUGUAGGAAAUGUGUCGUUACCUUUCCACACAUUUUCCGAAAUACUCGUCCUUAGAUACUAGCCCUAAACCGUUGGAGCAUCUGGUUCAAAUUGUGCAUUUUGCUUCAUCUUUAAGACUGCCAAUCAUGAGGUCAUUAGCACUAGAUAAGCACGUGCCCUUUAGUGUUUUAUUCUCUCGUUCUGAAAUGCUUAUUGACGUCGUUUCUCUGUUACCUUUAUUUUCUUGUAGAAUGUGAGCAGCAAAUACAGGGUUUUAGUGUUAGGAUAAAGAGCCAUGUGGAAAUUUUGGAGUCUUACUCUGUGCGUGUGUGUGUUUGCACAUUGUCAACUGUCAUAAAAUAGUAAAAUGUAAAA